AGCCGCCGUGAUGACCCAGAACACAGCUGUGCGGAGCCGGUUCCGUUCAUAAGACGUGAGCGCGUCACCACGAGCCGAGCAGCUUUCAGCACACACACUGUGCGCGCUCCUCAGCUCAGCGCCUCUCCUUGCUCCUCGUGCGCAGAUCAACACCAGCAGGUGCCCACUCUGGUCAGAGAAAACUUUUUCACUGCAGGUAAUUCAAUCCUCAUCCAGAAGAUCUUUAAAUAUCUCCUUUGAGAACCUCCCAGCKGCCACGUGCUGUAAGGUGAGACCUCUGCAGCCUGAGCACCGAGCAGCACCACACUCAGGACGGAGUCCAUCGAACUGCACCACACUCACAAGAUUGAGUUUGUCGAACGGCACCACACUCAGAGGACUAAGUCCAUCAAGCGGCACCACUUAGAGGACUGAGUCCAACAAAAGAAACCACACUCGGAAGACUGACCAGUCCUUCAAAAGGAACCAUUCAGAGGACUGAGUCCUUGAACGGCACCACUCAGAGGACUGACCAGUCCUUCAAAAGGAACCACUCAGAGGACUAAGUCCAACGAAAGGAAUUACACUCAGAGGACUGACCAGUCCAUCAAAAGGCACCACUAAUCAGCCUGAGCUUCAGUCUGGAUUCUUCAGAGUGUCUACAGUCUUCUCAGCUUUGAAAGGCUGUUAACCGUUGACUGGAGGGGGUUCUGCUGGUGCUCCUCAAGCCUGCUGUUUUCCUUUCUUCUCAGUUUUGGACCAGUAUGCCUUUUCUCCUCCCUGCCUACCAUUAGGACCUUUCAGUGAAUGGAGAACAUACUGAUUCUGCUCCCGAAGCACCGACAGGAACACGGGCUUUGCAGAAGCACAGCUGCAUGUGCCUUGUUAGGCGUGUCCCCCAAGUGUUUUUCUUUCUGUCUUUGGUAUCGACCCACACUCCCUGUUGACCUCUUUCAUGGGAUAAACUGAUUUGGCUGAUCAGGUCCAAAACCAGUUCAGGUGGUCAGUUCUUUUCUGACUCCCUGAAAACCAUCAGGCCAAGGUCCGAAGACUUUUUUUCUAGUGCACUGUCUCUCAAAGGCCUCCGCAUGGUACUUUGGUCGAAAGAACAAGACAAACUCCCCGACAUCGACAUGUCCUCAGGGGACAUUGAGAUGCUGAAGAAAGAUGGGGGGCCACUGACCCCAGCAUUCCUCAAUUCCAACUGCUCUGUCCAUCCAGUGAUUCUCACCAGAGGUCCUGAAGAAGUGAACCCAGAGACCGGAGGGGAGUUCGAGCUCACUGAGGUCACAUCUUUCACAGAGAGGGCCACUGAGACUGGGGAUGAUGAGGAGAGGUCAGAGAUUGUGGUUGUGAUGGACUGUCUGGCCAAUGCCAAAGGUCAGCGUGAGGAGGACGCUCUGUUGGAGAAUGCAAGUCAGAGCAACGAGAGUGACGAAAACAGCAUCAACCAGAGCCCAGAACCACCAGUGCCCCUCAAGGAGACCGCCUUUUCCAUUGGUCUGCAGGUGGUUUUCCCCUUCCUGCUGGCUGGGUUUGGGACAGUAGCAGCUGGAAUGGUGCUGGACAUUGUCCAGCACUGGACGGUGUUCACAGAGAUAUCAGAGGUCUUCAUCUUGGUUCCUGCUCUGCUGGGACUCAAAGGGAACUUGGAGAUGACACUGGCUUCCAGACUUUCCACAGCGGCCAAUAUUGGUCAGAUGGACACAGCCAAGGACAUGUGGAAAAUGAUCAUGGGGAACUUGGCUCUCAUCCAGGUUCAGGCCACUGUUGUGGGCUUCCUGGCCUCCAUAGCUGCUGUCAUCUUUGGCUGGCUUCCAGAGGGGCAGUUCAGACUGGGCCAUGCAGUGUUGCUAUGUGCCUCCAGUGUGGCCACCGCCUUCAUCGCAUCUCUGCUGCUUGGUAUCAUUAUGAUCGGCGUCAUCGUCGCGUCCAGAAAAGUUGGCAUCAACCCAGACAAUGUUGCCACACCCAUUGCUGCUAGCCUUGGAGACCUGAUCACCCUGUCCCUUUUGGCCGGCAUCUCAACAGGACUCUACAAGGAGCUAGAGUAUAACGACUUUGCCAACCCACUGGUGUGUGCCGUGUUCGUGGCCAUGUGCCCCCUGUGGGUGCUGAUUGCCAGGAAGAUCCCCUCUACCAGAGAUGUCCUGUACUCUGGCUGGGAGCCGGUCAUCAUCGCCAUGGCUAUCAGCAGUGUUGGAGGUCUGAUCCUCGACAAGACCGUCACCAACCCAAACUUUGCCGGCAUGGCUGUCUUCACUCCUGUCAUCAAUGGUGUGGGAGGAAACCUGGUGGCAGUCCAGGCCAGUCGGAUCUCCACCUACCUCCACAUGAAUGGUCUGCCCAUGGGGGAUCCCAACCCUGCUCCCAGGAAGUGUCCAACCCCCUGCUCUUCUUUUUUUGGCUCCACUGUGAACUCUCGUUCUGCCCGUGUGCUCUUCCUCCUGGUUGCCCCGGGUCACCUCAUUUUCCUCUACACCAUCAACUCCUUAAGGGGGGGCCACACCACCCUGACACCCAUCUUCAUCACCUUCUACCUGGUGGCUGCACUGCUGCAGGUCAUGAUUCUCCUGUACCUGUCAGACUGGAUGGUUAACUGGAUGUGGGGUCGAGGAAUGGACCCUGAUAAUUUCUCCAUCCCGUACCUGACUGCUCUGGGUGACCUCCUGGGGACCGGCUUUCUUGCCCUCUGCUUUCACAUGCGCUGGUUCAUUGGGGACAGAGAUACAAAUGUGGGCAACUAAAGUUAUGCACAAAGACAAAACUAGAAAGGAAUGCAUCCUGUAAGGUAACGAAGCACAUCACCUGUGUGCCUGACAACUAUGGGACAGUGGACAUCUACAGUAGAAGGGCUAGUUUCUUGUAAAACUCUGAAUGAUGCAAUUUUAGCAUAAAGUUAUUUGUUUUUU